AUGCCUCGCAAGAGGACUUUGACGAAAGACGAGUUGACUACUGUAUUUAGCCGUCAGACGGACGUGCAACACUUCUACUAUCUUAUUAUAAUUCUGCUGCUUUCUUCUUCCCCAUUUUCGCUUCUUCCCUUCUUUCGUUUCUUCCCUUCUUUCUUCUUCCCUUCUUUCGUUUCUUCCCUUCUUUCUUCUUCCCUUCUUUCGUUUCUUCCCUUCUUUCUUCUUCCCUUUUUUCAUUUCUUCCCUUCUUUCUUUUUCCCUUUUUUCUUCUUCCCUUCUUUCGUUUCUUCCCUUCUUUCUUCUUCCCUUUCUUCAUUUCUUCCCUUCUUUCUUCUUCCCUUUUUUCAUUUCUUCCUUUCUUUCUUCUUCCCUUCUUUCUUCUUCCCUUCUUUCAUUUCUUCCCUUCUUUCUUCUUCCCUUUUUCAUUUUUCUUCCUUUCUUUCUUCUUCCCUUCUUUCUUCUUCCCUUCUUUCAUUUCUUCCCUUCUUUCUUCUUCCCUUCUUUCGUUUCUUCCCUUCUUUCUUCUUCCCUUCUUUCGUUUCUUCCCUUCUUUCUUCUUCCCUUUUUUCAUUUCUUCCUUUCUUUCUUCUUCCCUUUUUUCAUUUCUUCCCUUCUUUCUUCUUCCCUUUUUCUUCUUCCCUUCUUUCGUUUCUUCCUUCUUUCUUCUUCCUUUCUUCAUUUCUUCCCUUCUUUCUUCUUCCCUUUUUUCAUUUCUUCCUUUCUUUCUUCUUCCCUUCUUUCUUCUUCCCUUCUUUCAUUUCUUCCCUUCUUUCUUCUUCCCUUUUUUCAUUUCUUUCUUAUUUAGCAUUACUCGGAUCUAUUUUUUCCCUUUUUGACUCAUUUACUAUGUCUAUCUUUUCACACAUGUCCAAACCGGAUCUAUAUCUAUGCAUCUAUUAA